AUGGGUUUAAGCACGAUUAUAUGUAUCGGGAUGGCCGGGUCUGGUAAGACAACGUUCAUGCAGAGACUGAACUCCCACUUGCGGGCAGAGAAAACGCCACCAUACGUGAUCAAUCUAGAUCCCGCAGUGCUGAGAGUUCCGUAUGGUGCCAACAUCGACAUCAGGGACUCGAUCAAGUACAAGAAAGUGAUGGAGAACUACCAGCUGGGGCCUAACGGGGCCAUCGUCACAAGUCUGAAUCUGUUCAGCACCAAGAUCGAUCAAGUGAUUAAGCUAGUAGAACAGAAGCAGGACCAAUUCCAGAACUGUAUCAUCGACACCCCGGGUCAAAUCGAAUGUUUCGUCUGGAGUGCGUCCGGUGCCAUCAUCACCGAAUCCUUCGCCUCCAGUUUCCCCACGGUGAUUGCGUACAUCGUGGAUACGCCUAGAAACUCGUCUCCAACCACGUUUAUGAGUAAUAUGCUGUACGCCUGUUCCAUCCUAUACAAGACAAAACUACCUAUGAUCGUGGUUUUCAACAAGACCGACGUAUGCAAAGCGGACUUCGCUAAGGAAUGGAUGACAGAUUUCGAAAGCUUCCAAAUGGCCAUCAAAGAGGAUCAAGACUUGAACGGUGACAAUGGGCUGGGUUCUGGCUACAUGAGUUCCUUGGUGAACUCCAUGUCGCUGAUGCUGGAGGAAUUCUACUCUCAACUAGACGUUGUGGGCGUCUCUAGUUUCACUGGUGACGGCUUUGACGAGUUCAUGCAGUGUGUGGACAAGAAAGUCGAUGAGUAUGACCAGUACUACAAGCAGGAACGUGAAAGAGCGCUGAACCUGAAGAAGGAGAAGGAGGAGAUGAGGAAACAGAAAUCGUUGAAUGGGCUGAUGAAGGACCUGGGGCUAAACGAGAAGGACACCGCUGCUGCAGGCAAACCCGGCAGCGAUCACGACAGCAUAGACGCCCUUAGCGACCUGGAAGAGGACGCCAACGACGGCCUUGUAGACCGUGACGAGGACGAAGGAGUCGAGAGAGAAUACACGUUCCCAGGCGAGGAGAGAACCCAGGGUGAGGUCAACGAGACCUCUGCUCCAGACCUACAAAAAAGAUACCAGGAUGCCAUGCAACAAGUAGCAAAAACGGCCACUAGCGAGACUGCGGAAAACAUCGCUAAGUAUAUUAGAAACUGA